AUGACAGACCAGGUUAAAGGGGAUGAGCAUAACCAAGUAAAUAAUGGUAAAAAAAGAAAGAGAAAGAGAAAUAAAAAUAAAAAAAAUGACAACAAAACUUUAGUUGAGAAUUCCCAACCAAUACCGACACAUGUUUAUGAAGAUGAUAUCCAUCGACAAAAUAAAAAGUUCAAAUUCGAUGAUGAAGGAGAGAUACAGAAGCCCCAAGAGUCACGUGAACAGGAACAAGGUUCAGUGUCAGAUCAAGAGGAAAAUUAUACUGAAGAGCCUUUUCAACAGCAUGAAGUUUUUGAAGAAAUUGAAGUAACUGAUGAGGUGGGUCAACCAGAAGAACCAGAUCUCCCAGCCAAAAAUAAACAAGAAAAACACUACAUCGAUAAGAGCAAUUUUAAACAAAAACCUAAAUCCAAAAGGAAAACUGUGAUUUAUAAAGAUGAUGAAGAUGACGAAGAAGAAAAUAACACCUUUAAUUUUUCCCAGAAUUCAUUUCAGCUUGCAGCCACUGCCAAACAAUUGUUACAAAUUAGAGAGAAAUUACCCAUUUAUCAUCAUAAAGAUAAAAUAAUUGAAUAUAUUAAUAACAAUCAAGUUACUAUCGUCAUUGGUGAGACCGGUUCAGGUAAAUCAACACAAAUUCCUCAAUUUCUUAUGCCAGAAAACCAGAAAAUGAUUGCAGUAACACAACCAAGAAGAGUUGCAGCUGCAUCCUUAGCAGCGAGAGUAAGUGAGGAGUAUGGAUGUAAGUUAGGUCAAGAUGUUGGGUAUCAAGUCAGAUUUACCAAUAUGACCAACAGACAAACAAAACUAAAAUAUUUAACUGAUGGUAUGCUUCUACGAGAGAUCAUGCUUGAUCUGAACUUGACCAAAUAUUCGACAAUAAUUCUAGAUGAAGCACAUGAAAGAACAAUUUUGACCGAUUUAAUUAUGGGGUUUUUGAAACAGAUUAUUACUUCUGGUAGGAGGAAAGAUUUAAAAAUCGUGGUUAUGAGUGCCACUUUGAAUGCCGAAUUGUUUAGUAAUUUUUUCGAUAAUGCUCCUAUCUUAUACAUUGAAGGUAAAAUGUACCCAGUUUCUCAAUUUUAUCUAGAUGCUGAAUCUGAAGAUAUCGUGGAUACAAUGAUCAGAAGUGUAAUUCAAAUCAAUCUUAAUGAACCCGAGGGUGAUAUUCUUUGCUUUUUACCUGGUCAAGAAGAAAUUGAUAAUUGUGUUAAAAGCUUGGAACAAUUAGCACCUCAACUACCUAAAGAAGCACCAUUGAUUGUUCCUUUACCUUUAUAUGCAGCGUUAUCACCAGGUCAACAAUCUAAGAUAUUUGAAAAUUUACCCAAGGGAAGAAGAAAAAUAAUUUUGGCUACAAAUAUUGCUGAAACAUCCAUCACUAUUUCCGGUGUCAAAUAUGUUAUUGACUCAGGAUUGAGGAAAAUUAAAGUUUGGAAGCAUAAUUUAGGACUUUCUACAUUAUUGACUACUCCUAUUUCACAAGCUUCAGCACGACAAAGAGCUGGGAGAGCAGGGAGAGAAUCUGAAGGUAAAGUAUUUAGAUUAUAUCCAGAAUCUACCUAUUUGGCACUUCCAAAACAACAAGAAUCUGAAAUUAAAAGAAAUGAUAUUAUUUUACCAGUUUUGACAUUGAAGAAAUUAGGUGUUGAUGAUUUACUUAAUUGGAGUUGGUUAGAAUACCCGGGCCAAGAUGCAAUUUUGAGUGCAUUAAAUACAUUGUAUACAUUGGGAGCAUUGAAUGAUUCAGGGAAAGUGACUACAUUGGGUUAUAAAAUGUCUAUUUUGCCACUUCCUCCUCAAUUAUCAGUAGUGUUAAUAACAGCUGCAGAAUUCGGUGUAUUAUCACCAGUCAUUGAUAUUGCAUCAUGUCUUUCUGUCGAUAACUUAAUUACUAAUGUAACUGGUGAAGCCAGAGAUGAAAUAAAUUUUAAAAGAAGACAACAUUGUCCCUUGGGGAAUACCCAUGGUGAUUUGAUUGCAUUGUAUGAAUAUUUUCAAGCUUACCAAGCUCAAGGUAAAGAGUGGUGUAAAGAAUUGGCAUUCAGUUUUAAAGGUUUCAAAAAUGUUGAAAAAAUCAAAUAUCAAUUACAAGAAUAUAUGAUGACCACUAUUAAACAAGAUGACUCAUUAACUAAUGUUGAAAAGGAUAAACAAUUGGCGAAACUUAAGGCACAAUUAGACAAUGAGGAAACUGAUAAACAAUUGGAUGUCCCGUCGAUUCUCAAAUCGUUUCUCAAAGGUUACAUCAUUAAUACUGCAGUUGGGAUGCCAGACAGAUCCUUUAGAACAUUCAACACGGGGCAGUUGAUUUCCGUGCAUCCAUCAUCGACUUUAUUUGGGAAACCAAAUAUGGACGCAAUCAUGUAUAUAGAAUAUGUGUUUACUACAAAAGGUUAUGCCCGUAAUGUUUCGGCUAUUGAAUUAUCUUGGUUACAAGAAAUUGCCCCUCAUAUAAUUGGUGGUGUCAAAGUUAAUAUUAAUGACUAA